AGGUAGGCCUAACUGACAUUGUAUUUUCGUGGGAAAGAUUUGAACAAAAUAAUUGAUCGAGAAUGAAGAUCAAGACGGGAAUUCUGCAGUGCAUGCACCUAGACAAGACGUACAGCAUGCUGUCCGGAAAGAACGUUUAUAUCUUACUGGAAUACUUCAAGCUGCUUGACGUGCACGGUGAAAUGUCUCUUAAUGAUAUACAGUUCUACAACUUCCUUCACGCGGUGACCGACCUGAGUAAGGCACACAUCUACAAUGUCUUCGACAUGCUGGAUGUCGAUGGAUCUGGUCGCAUAGACUUCGAUGAGUUCUACUUACUGGCGUGCAUACUGAUCUCUCUUAAGGACAAGGAGGAGAAGCAGUUCAUUUAUCGGCACUCUCGUACCGUCUUCGAGCUACUAGACGAGGACCGCAGCCACAGUAUCUCGGCCGAGGAGUUCUCAGCAUUCGGCUUUCUCUUCAACUUCCAGGGGGCAGCAGUCAGCCAGAUCUUUAAGGACUUUGACAUAUCAGGGGACGAGGAGCUGGACUACAAAGAAUUUAAAAUGUUCGCCAUGGCCUGCAUCGACAAGCAGAACGACAUCGACCGCAAGAAACGGGAGAAACUGGAGCGCCGUCGACGGCAGAAAGAGGACAUGGCGAAACGGAAGCUGGAGCGUGUGGGAGGGGGCGCCCUAGGCGCGGUCAUACCGUCUUGUUAUACCUGUGCCAUUCAGUAGACCGGAUGUGGCCGGUCCCAACUUUCCUUUUCUUACGGGUUGAGGGUACUUGUGCAUGGAGACCAUAAAGCGGCUGCAAUCAGUGUCUUAUGUUUGGUCAAAAUAUAUCACAGGUCUAUCGGUAGAGACCUGUCUCCUCAGAGUCUCCUCAAAACAGACUCAAAGACAUUAGGAACGUUUUUGUUGGCUUGGUGAGCAGGGGUAGUAAAGACACACUGUGCUCCGUUUUGUAGAUUUACAAAUGCGCCUUGUGAACGCACAGUUUAUUGUAUACAGAAGUGUAAUUAAAAAAGAUUGUUUUGAUAUCUCUCAUCUUAUAUCGAUACAUAAUUUUGCUUUAAAAUUGUAGAAUAUGCUUUAAAAUUGUACAAUAUCACAAUUUAUAUAUAUCAUAAUUUAAUGUCCAAAAAUUCAGUUUGGGUAUCAAAGUAAAACUUAACACAACUUGUCAAACAGUAUGAAUGGAGAUACUGGCAUAAAAUGAUCACAUCAUUACUAAGAUUUCGUAAACACACACCCAUCGCAAGCAAAACACACCAAAAA